UCCUUAACCCCAUUCAUUUAUAACGAAGCCAAAUCAGAACCCUCUCGAAUCUCCCCUACCACACGAACCGACCUCCCUCACCCCCCACCCAAAACCAUAUAAGUAGUCCUCCGGUUUGAACUCUCUCAGUCAUCCUUCUGCCCACGCGCAAACUGUUUACUGGCUCUUACCAAAUUAAGUUCUCUCCGUCGUCUGCUUCCCGCCGAUCUCGAAGCCUGACUAUCCGGACCUGAAUCGGAGCUCCGGCGACCCCUCCAGGACCGGCGAUCACCCGCUCCCGACCGACUGAAAGUUCGUUGUUCUAUAGUUUUGCACAGUUAUAGCAGAUUUAUUACAUUCAGAUUCAUCAUCCAUCCCUCUCCGUCGUCGAGUUUUGCCUUGUCUUUGCGUGUGUUUCUGUCUUGUCUCCACAUCUCUUCUAGGUAGGUCAAGCGUUCCGCGUUGGUGGAGCUUCUCGUCUCGCUUCGUUGUUUGUUAGGACUCUGCCUCCUCCGUGGAGGGGGAACAUGCAGAAGCCGCUGCGAGAAGUUUGUGGAGAUCGGCCGUCAAUCUGACAGUCAUAUUAUGUUUUUGUUUUUUUAGCUAAUAUGCGAGUCUAAAAUGGUUUCAGUGAGAUUGGUGAACGUGAAAUGUUGUUUGACAUCAAUCAGCUAUCGCAUCGAAUUUGUUUCCUUCUUAAUUCUCUCCGUGUUUCACUAUUACAUCGUGCUUUCGUAAUUCUAUGACGGGUUAUAAAUUCUCUAUCUUUUCUAAUUAGUUCAGGUCUGUGGCUUGUUCUGCAUUUUCUUGUUUUAGCUCACAAUUGUUGAUAAGAUACAAGAUAACUGUUAUAUGUAUGUGACGACUUAGACUUCACAUUUUGGUGUUAUGAUUAGUAUCCUGCGCAAGCAUUGGGCGUGAUCGAGAUAAACUAGAUUGGGAGAGUUAAAAUAUGUAAUUUGUUAACUCAAAGUUGCAGGGGAAAAAAACUGAGGAAUUAGAGGUGUUGUUGGGGAACAGGAGCUAAUUUUUACGAUAUAUGAGUUUCAAUUCUUGUAGACGAUAGCAUCAAUGGGAUCACCUCCUUUGUAAGCUUAGAGGUAGGGAAACUCAUAGGAACUUGAGCUAUUCUAUUCAUUGUUGGAUAGUGGAAGCUAAACGUAGUUAAUUUUUACGAAAUAAUAUAUUUUGAGUUUUAAUCCUUUCAGGAGAUAGGUUUUAUUGCUUCAAUAAUGAAUGACUAACCUUCAGUAUCUAUAUUUGUAAGUGGAGUGGGGGGGUCAGAGGUAUGGUUCUGAGAGUCCACCUUAGGGUGAAACAAAGAAAGUUGGAUUGGAAGGAAGAAUUUUGGCAGAAUCUUCAAUGAGCUAGCCGUCUGUGUCUCGAUUAGUUGUUGAGGCUGGUUGUCAACCUGCAUCUGUCCAUUAUGACAUGCUUUGAAGAUGUUAGAAUGGGAAGCAGCUGAUAUGCAGCUAAAUCAAGGAACUAAGUACCCAGAAAGAGUUAGGCACCAUCCUGCCUAGUUGGGGUGGAAAGUUCAACUAUUUUCCUUGAUGCUAUCAGCAGGUGAGCCGUUGCUAUUGGUGGUGGCAAUGGCAUUGGGGUUUGUGGAAUCUAUUACAUUUGCAUGUUGAAAGGCUGCGUAUAUCUAAGAGCUUCGUAUGAGUGGCGCUCAUGAUGGAGAUGUAGCCGUGGGUUUGGCCUUUCUUGUUAUCCAAGGUUGGUCAGCUGGAAAAAACGAAAGCUCUUUCUUACCGGGUGCACUGCAGUAUCAACACAUGCUAGUGAGAUAGUUCAUGCUUGUCAAAGGUGAACCGUCAAAAGGGCUCUCAAGUUGAAAGCAGAAAGAGGCUUAGUGGAAGACCACGGGAUGCUGUCUGUCCUGGAUCUUUAGUUCUAGCGGCCUUUCAAUAUUAUGAGAAGAAGUUUGGCAGGAGGACCUCAUUCAAGUUCAGCUAUUAAUGUUGUUCCUUUGACUUAUUCAACCUACCACUAGGUAGAAAACCGACCAAGCCCCUGAUGAGAGAUACCAAUUUGAAGAACCCCCUUCAAGUCGAUGCAAUUUAAUUUUUGGGUUAUUAAAAGAGAAACUUUCUGGAUCUUUGAAGUGAAGUAGAGAUAUCAUUUGUGGAUAAACUGAUGCAGUUAUAUAAGCAUUUUCUUUUCCGACCGCCCUUAUCUUACUUUAGAGGGCAUUUGAUCCUGUGUUUCUGUUGCUUCUACUAGAGAGGUCAGUGGUCGUGUAAUAUUUAAUUGGUUCCAGAAAUCUCCAAGGAAUCAAGUGAUCAUGCCCAAUGCCAAGCUAUUGCUUAUAUACACCUCUGGAGGCUGCCGAGCUACACAUUUCGUUGUUGUUUGGAUGUUCUAAGAUCUGCUUGUUUUGAUGAAAGCUUCUGUUGGAGAGUAGCUGAUGGAGCCAUUCAACCGUUAGUUGGAUUAUAGCGUUGCUUAUUACGAUUGGCCUGCAGCAGUUUGCAAGACUCUUGCGGUGGCUCCGGCUUUGUUGGCAGUCUAAAGAUGCCUAGUGUUUUUGCUAAGUAGAUUUAUGCAUGCAGGUGUUUUCUAGUCCCAUUGUGAACCUUGCAGUACCAUCUGGAGAAACCCAGAAUGGGUGAAGUGGCUGUCGAGAGAACAGGAGUGCAACACUUUGAGCCGAGAGACUUUCAGGAUAAUAUGCCUGAGGACAAUCAAAUGGACAGUCAGUGCCAGCACCCUGAGCAGGUGGAGAGAGAACGCAUCCAGAUUCAAGAGGAGAGUAACAGUGAUGAAACUAGUAAGCUCCUUGAAAGAGGAUACAUGCAAUAUGGAUGUUCACAUUAUUGUCGAAGAUGCCGCAUUAGAGCUCCAUGCUGCAAUGAAAUUUUUGACUGCCGACACUGCCAUAAUCAGGCAAAGAACAACAUUAAAGUGGAUAGAAAGCUAAGGCAUGACAUGCCCCGUCAUCAAGUGAGUCAGGUGAUUUGUUCACUUUGUGGCACCGAGCAAGAGGUCCGGCAGGUAUGCAUUAACUGUGGAGUAUGCAUGGGGAAGUACUUCUGUGAGACUUGCAAGCUUUUUGAUGAUGAUAUUUCCAAGCAGCAAUAUCACUGUAGUGGUUGUGGCAUAUGCAGAAUUGGUGGGCGGGAGAAUUUCUUUCACUGUUACAAGUGCGGAUGUUGCUAUUCAAUCUUGCUAAAGAAGAGCCACCUAUGCGUAGAAGGAGCAAUGCAUCACGAUUGCCCCGUUUGCUUUGAGUUCCUCUUUGAGUCGACAAAUAAUGUCGCUGUUAUGCCUUGUGGGCACACCAUCCACAUGAACUGCCUGAAGGAGAUGCAAGAGCAUUAUCAGUAUGCUUGCCCUCUCUGCUCAAAGUCGGUCUGCGAUAUGUCCAAGGUCUGGGAGAAAUUCGAUGAGGAGAUUGCUGCCACUCCGAUGCCUGACUCGUAUCAAAAUAAGAUGGUACGGAUUUUAUGCAACGAUUGUGGGAGUGUGUGUGAAGUCAAGUUCCAUGUUGUGGCUCAAAAAUGUGCACACUGCAAGUCCUACAACACCCGCCAAACUUGAGAUGGUCUAGUGAACCCCUAAUACGAGCAACGACUAAAGCGAGGAGGAAAUACAGAGUUGCAGAUUGACGGAUGAAUAUGGAGCUGCAGAUUGAUGGAUGGACUCAAGGAACCUGAGGGGAGCGGGUGAGCUAGAUGCUUUGAUCAUAUGGUGCUUGUCCUCGAAAUCUGUUCCUCGGGAUUUGGUGAGGGGUUGAAAUUGUGUGGAAUGUUAUCUGUGGCGGGAGUAGUCCUUAGGGUUCUCUCAGGAUGGGAUGGUGUUCCUCUGCUAGCAACAUAUAAUAACUCGUUUGUUAGUUGGUCUCUCCUCGGAUUCCUCUGUUAGUUUCUUUUGCUAUUUCUGUCCCGCCUUUAUUAUUACUUUUGUUCAACCCAAUGGUUGCACUGAUGUCUGAGACGGUA